AUGAUGGGAAUAAAACCUCCUGGCCCACCAUCUGGUCCAAGUCCACCAGGGAAACUUCCAGAUGGAGAUGAGGGAUGGGAUUACGAUGAAACUGCAGCUCCAGGAAUAGUUCCGGAGCCUCACUAUAUUCAGUCUACUUAUAUUUAUAGAUCUCCAAACGUGCAAGAGAAAACAUUCUCAUCUCGAGUGGUGAAUGUUCUGAAAGAUAUUCGAACUCGUUUAGCGAAAUCAGCAAGAUUGACACUGGAGAAUGAAAAUAUUGAAUGUUCUUCUCCAACUGACCAUUAUAGAUGUCAAGAAUAUGCAGCAACUGGAACAUGGAACUAUUUAAUCGUUGAAGAUCAGCAAAAAGGAGCUAUUACAUACACGUUCGAUCGGAAAUACAAUGAGAAAAACGACGGAACAAUUGAAAUGGCUCUUCUUGAUGCAUUUUCCCGUCAUUCUCCCUCAUCUCUUAUUGCUUUUGCUUCACAAGAAGCUGAGAAAGAAGUAGGAUAUAUCAGAGCAUUGACUGUUCAAGAAAUGGAUUCUCUCAGCGGGAAACCUGGACAUCGACCAAUUUCUCUGGAAAAGUUCGGACCAAAUGAGCUCAACCUUCUGGAACCCGCUCUACUGGAAGUUCGAACUGGAUCCGAACUCAAGCUAACUUCAGAAUCGUUGAAGAGAAUCGAUUCAAGGAAAGAGUUCGAUAAGCUGUUAGAUGAAUACAAAUACGUUUUUAUUCUAUUCUGGACAAGCAGUGAGUUAUUUCUCUCAAGAGACCUUGAUCAGAAAGUUUACAAACGCAACAUUUAUCAGUUUCCUCCGUUUAUUAACUGA